AUGCAGCCUUAUCGAAAUUGGGCGUUCGGUGUCGAGAUCGAACUUCUCCUAGGCAGUAAGAAGAAGCACUCGAGUUGGAAAGCACUUGCAACGCAGGUCAGCGAGAGGCUCAAUAGAGCUGGCCUAGACAUCUUUGUCAACGACCAAAAAGACAAGUCAGCUAAGGUUUAUAAAACAUGGUCAAUCUCGCCCGAGAUCACAAUCAAGGAGGAUGCAGCCAAGGGACAUUAUGGCAUGGAGCUAGUCUCGCCCAAGUACAACCUCUAUUCAAAGUGGACCGACGACCUCGACACCAUAUUCGCAGUACUGGGCUCUUCAUUCGUCGUGGUGGCAUCUCCAACUUGCGGCACCCAUAUCCACAUAUCCACCGAGCCUGCCAUGGAGCCCCAUGAGGUUGCCACGUUGGGAAAGUUGAUCCUCUCGACAGAGCCUGCCUUUGACGCUCUCAUGCCAGUGGCCAGGCGGGCAUCGGCCAGACACUGGUGCCAAAGCAACCGUGUUGGCAGCGCCUUUCUUGGCGGCAGGUUAACUUUGGAACAGUGCUUCCAGGUAGUUGACUUGGCGGCAAGGGAUGGAGGCGUCCCUGGCGUUGUUGCGGCGCUGAACACGUACGGGCCGGAGCCUGGUUCGGGGUUCGCGCGGGCUACUCGCGGCUGUCUGCCCCGGCUGAGCGGACAACGGUUCAAGUGGAACCUGGUCAGGCUGAUGAACGAAGGAAUCGGAACCCGGACCAUAGAGUUUCGUCAGCCGCCGGGGAGUGUCACCGCUGACGGGGUCAGAGGAUGGGUAGAGUUGACACUGGGCUUUGUCGAGGGUGGUCUGAGGCGGUCAGAGAGCGGCUGCGAGUUUGAGGCGUGGUAUACUGUUGAAGAACUUUGGGAUUUGAUCCAGGAUGGAGUUGCAGCUUUGCAGCUGAGGGAUGAGUGGAUCGGUGGUAUUUUUAGUGCCAGGCAGGCUUGA